GCCAUUUUGGACUGUCGAGCUUGGACUGUUGCGCCCAGACAACAUUCAAGAUGUCAAGGAGAAAGGAUGAAAAAAGUCAAAGAAAAAAGUGUAGUGCAAUCAAUUGCAAGAACUAUCAGUGGAACACCCCGCACCUGGCCUUCCACCGUUUCCCGAAGGAUCCCGACAGGUGUGCAAGGUGGGUGCAUAACUUGAGAAAUGCCUCUCUGGAGGGGAUAAGCACCCAGCAGCUCCACCAGAGCUACAGAGUCUGCAGUGGCCAUUUUCAUUCCAGCCAGUUCAAAAGGCCAUCAGAUGUCCACGCUGGACUGAUUUGGAGUGCUGUUCCCACAAGAGUGAAUGUCCCAAACACACCACCUACACUAGCGGUGGAGAAAAAGCGAAAGCCUCCAAAGAAGCGCCAGGAGUUGCCACUAAAGAAACGUAAACUUAUUGCCCGCCCGUCAUCACCAGAUGUUGCUGCAACAGGGCCUACUCUGCCUCCCCCGCCAUCAGCAGAGGACAUUCCGGGCCCUUCUUCACAAGCACCGCACACCAAUACAACACCAAAACAUCAUGACUGUAUAGAUUCAAUGAAGGCACAAAUCCGGAGAUUGAACUCGCAGGUGUGCAGGCUGAAAUCGCAGGUGAAAGAUCUCAAACAAAAAAAGAGUAGCAAGGCUGUGGCAAAGGGGUUGCUCAUGAAGGAGCUGCAGCGUGUGUUGCCAGCCAAAUCUUUUGCCUUUGUUUACACACAGAUCCGCAUGUGCGAGCGUAAGGCUCCAGGUUUCCGUUGGUCCACCAAAGACAAAGCUUUUUUCCUUUCUCUCCUCCACACAAGCCCAAAAUGUUAUCGGCUUCUGUGCAAGGUGUUUUCAAUGCCAUCUGUUCGCACUCUGAAGAAGGUAAUGAAAUCGGUUGAUUUCAAGCCAGGCUUCAACCGCAGUGUCCUGACAACAAUGCAGAAGGCCAUGGAGACCACCAAGCCAAUGGACAAGGUGUGUGCAAUCAUCACAGAUGCGAUGUCCAUCAAGGAAGCCGUCCACUACAAUGAGUCUGCUGACAAGGUCGAGGGAUUUGAGGACUUGGGGAAAGGACAGCGGAGUCCAUAUGUGGCCAACUAUGCCUCAGCCUUCAUGGUGAGGGGCCUUUUCAAAGAGUGGAAACAGCUCUUCGGAUACUGCUUCAGUAGUGGGCCCAUUCCUCAUGAUCGUCUGCAGUCACUACUGUUUGAAGGAAUCCGUGAGCUGAGAAGUGCAGGAAUGGAGUGUCUUGUUUUCAUCUGUGACCAGUGUGCUGGAAAUCGUGCCAUGCUCACGCGCCUUGGGGUGACUAAGGACCAGCCGUAUUUCGAUGUUGAUGGCAUCAGAAUUUUCUGCAUGUGGGAUCCACCGCACCUCAUAAAGAACAUCAGGAACAGUUGGAGGAACCACGGCUUUCAAUUGGAUGGGAAUGAGAUCACCUGGGCCAUCUUGGAAGAUCUGUAUGCUUAUGACAGCAAACAAGAAAUUCGUCUUUGUUGCCGUCUAACAAAAAAACAUGUGUAUCUCCCUCCAUUUGCCUCCAUGCGUGUCAGGUUUGCUACACAGGUCCUGAGUCACUCAGUUGCAGUUGGAAUCAAGACACUGUCAGAAGUCAAGCUUCUUACUGGCAAACUUCAACAAAACUACAUGGCGGCCGCCAAGUUCUGUGAAAGCUUUAACGGCCUGUUUGACUGCUUCAACUCCAAGCAGUUGAAAGACUCUCACAAGCUGAAGUCUGGACUGUCUGAAGUGUCUGCCCAUUUUCCAUUCCUGGACAGCUGCAUGGAGUGGCUUCCACGUCUGAGGCUUCUAGAUGCUUCUACAACCAAGCAGGUCCCAUGUGUUGAGGGGUGGCAGCAUAACAUCCUGUGCCUCAAAAUGCUGUGGUGUGAUCUUCGUGAGCGGCAUCAGGUGUCCUUCCUGUUGACAAACAGAUUAAAUCAAGACUGCCUGGAAAAUGCCUACUCAAGCAUUAGAGCCCGCAGUGGUAAUCGUGACAACCCUGACUCUGUCCAGUUUGAAUGUGAACAUCAGGCUGUGGCCACAGGAUUGAUGUUCAACAACUGUGAAAAAACCAAUUGUGAAGAAGAUCUCAACACGUUCUUGCUGCAGAUCAGUACGUAUGCCUCCCAGAACUGUCCCCCGGGCAUCAGUGACGCAGAGAGGGUUGCAGAGGAGCACAGCUACUCUCAAGGAGCUCCUGAUUCUGGGGCAACAGAGAUUGGGAUCCAUCCAGUGGAAUCCAAUCAGAGUCCUUCCAACCAAUCAGCCAGUGACUCUGGAGAUCUUGAAGGACUGAUGGACUGCACUGAGGUCAGGGUGAGAGAAACUCUCUUGAUGGGUGAGAAAGACAAGUCAGGGAGUGAGAUCGGAUCGGAUCUCAGAAAACAGAGACAAAGCUCAACCAGAACCAGUCUACAAGAACAUAAGAGUGUUGAUACUGUCCUGAAAGCUGACUUCGACCCACCUGAAGGUGUUCUGGACAUGCUGAGCAAGAUGACUCCAGUUUCGUCCUCCUCUGCAUUUGAGCUUGAUGGAGAUGUGCUUGUGUAUAUUGCAGGCUACAUUGUGAAUAAGGUUGUGGGUAAAUUCUCUGGUCCUGAAGGUCCCUGUAACGACUGCUCACUUCUCACUACAUACGUGCCUACUGAUAGCAGAUACACAUUUCUCAAGGACAAGCAAUAUACUGACCUCGUCUUAGGUGAGAAAGGCCUGAAAGUGCCCAGCACAGCACUGGUUGAUUUGAUCACUGCCCUUGAGUCUAACUUUCGGAAAAAUGUCAACUCAGUGAUCCACACACUAUGUUUGGGACAGAAGCUAUUUAACAGUAGCAUGGAGGUUGUCAGUGAGUGUAGUGAGGUAGUGUGUGGUAAGGAAGCAUGCAGACAUUCGCUUGUUUACAUGGUUAAACUGUUCAACAGGAUCAGAAUUCACCACGUCUUGCGCACCCAAAAUAGGAGAAUCUCCCAGCCAAAUCAGAAGCGGAAUAGAAAGUUUUUAAAACUAUGCCAUAACUAGAAAAUGCAUUUCCUGCAGAAAUAAAGCACAAAGCAUUGCUGAAAAUUACAGAAAUUCGAAAUUAAAGUAAUACUAGUCCAUACCCCAUCAGGGCAACAUAACAUCUGCCCCGAUUUAUACUCAGGAACAGCGUAAAAUUGGGGAAAUUAAAACAUUGUCUACUUCACUUUCUGCCUAUGCCAAUGCUCAGUGGCCAUGUGCAGUUUGAGAUGGAUUGGCCAGCCCAUUCGAAGCCUGAAUGCAUCACCUGACUAGUUCGUUAAUGAAGCAGAUCAAAGUAGUGAUGGCAGUGUGACACUGAAGCUUUGAUACAAAGCAAUUCCAUUGAACCACUGCUUCAAAGCUUGCUUUGGAGUGCGAAAGAGAGGUUUGAGAUGGAUUGGCCAGCCCGUUCGAUGCAGCAACUGCUUCGUUGCCUGAAUGCAUGAUUUGAGUGGAAUAAAGAUAGGCAAACCUGUUGCCAUUAUUCAGGCUGGUGGGCCCCAGCAAAGAACUGCUCAUUUGUAUUUGUGUUGUGAUAUUUCACAUAUAGACCUGAGGUAAAAUGUGACAGUUCUAUGAAUCUCUCUUGUCACAGGUGAGAUUGUAGCUACUCAAGCUGCACCCCACUUUGUAUUUUUACAUAGUUAUCUUAUACUUGGUUUCAUAUAAGCAAAAUGAGAUUGGCUGAAUCUAAAUCUGUAGCUAAAUUGAAGAAUCGUUAUCAUUUAAAAGAUGUACAGCGCUCAUAUUUUACAUAUAAAUAUUUUUUACAUGUACUGGCUUUGCCUAAUGAUGCAACCGUGGUGUUGCACCAUCAUUUCACCUUCAAAAUACGGUAAUGCAUUUUUCUGUAUGUAUGCAGGUUUAGCUUACAAUAUGGUUUGACUGUUUCUCCUGCUCACAAAAAAAAGAAAAAGGAAGUUUUUGGAGUUAUUUGUUUUGUGUUAAAAUCUAGAUUUCUCAUUCUUUAUCAAAUCUCCCACAGGACUGAUGGCAUAUUUUAUAUUUCUGUUUAAAUGUCUAUUUAUUUCUCUUGCAAACACAAUUUGAUUGGUUUUACACUAUAAAUGUUUGAUCUUUAAUUUACCAUAUUCUUCUUGUA